AUGUCAACACACUUCCGCCCUCGCCCACCCACAAUUACGCCCUCCAGUCCCAUCCGCCCAUCAACAGCGCGCUCCACCGUGCGCGCCGUCACGCCUUCACCGCCAUCUAGUUUUGAAAACUUUCAACUCCAACAUGCCAGCCAGGGAAGGCAUGCAAGGUCGAAGAGUGAGGAUGCCCAGAACGGGAAUGCUAGCGGGAGUAGAGGGGCCGUCCGACAAGAAGAAAAGCAGGAUUUUAGGGAGUUUCUUCUCAGCACGGAAAGCGGUACAUUUAGCAACUCGCCCGUCGUGGCUCCAGGGCCUAGUCUAUGGCGCGGUGGUAUCGCAUCGGGAAGAUCCUCGCCAGGAAAAGUGCGGCCUCGCUCGCGAUCUCCCAGAAAGAGGCCUGUUUCCACGCCUACAAAGCUGCUAUCUCCAACACAGGAGGUGCGAGUAGAGGAGCAGAAACGAGAAGAAGAGGUGGAGCAGCAAGAAGAAGCGGUGGAGGAAGAAGAGGAUGAUGUAGGGAACGACGAUUCGGAAGACGAAGAGUUCGAAUGCCCCGAUACACCCACGCCCAUUUCCCGCUUCCAGAAACGAUCCGCAUACAUCCCCCUCGGAACGCCCCUCGCACUCUUCAGCAACCGCGAGCAGCAGAAGAAGAGCCGUGAGAUCGUACACGCCUGCCCAUGUCCUCCACCACCACCGACGACAACAGACUGCCUCACCGCACCGCGAGUCCACGACCAAAGACCCCCCAAAUCACAAACACCUACGUUUGUAUUCCAACCCGAGCCUUCACCUCCGUCACCGCAACACCCGCAGCCUAAAGCGCAAGAUGUUCCCAUUACCACCACCACCGCCCGCAUCGACACUCCACCGCUCCCUCCCCGCCAGGCCACGGUGCAAAAGCCUCUCCCGGCCAACGAACCAGCGCGCCACAUCUCUUUAUCCGCACAAUCCAACGUCUCCGGCGGGACCGCAGGAUCCAAACGCUCCGUCUUCAGCACGCCUGGCCGCGAUGAAUUGGAGAGGAAGAAAGCGCUUGUGGAGGCGGACGAGGGGCCGUUUGCGCGGGCGGUGAGUGUGCAGGAUUUGCAGGAAAGGAGGCGCAUGGUUAGUGGGGGCAAGGUGGAAGGGAAGGGGGUGGGUGGAGUCAUUGAGGAGGGGAAUGGUGGUGAGAAGUCGAAGAAGAGGAUAUGUGGAAUAGGAGUGGGUAGGUGUAAUGUGAUGUGA